AUGGUCCCGAGGACGCCUCGAGAUGGGAACCCCUGUAUUGUUCCUCAGUGCAGUCACCAUUCUUUGUGCAACCGAAAAGUAUCCUGGCACUACUUUCCAAAAGAGGAUGCGACACGAGAACUUUGGAUUCAGGCCAUCAUUCAAGACACUGCGCUACCAGAGUCGUGGAGGCCCAAACGUAGUUACAAGAUCUGCGGGGCUUACUUCAGUUCUUCUGGAAAAAGGCAGUAUAUGGAUAAAGUGCCACGCUACGUAAGUCCCGGCACUUUCAUGCAGGCAGUGCCAGGAGAGGGUUCACCACAUGGGACCUCUUCGCUUCUUGACAUAAGCAUGGAGGUGACGAUCGAGACUUCCUUUGAAGAUGAACCAACCUUAGAUGUGAAUGCUGACACAAGUCAAGGACACCAGAAGCGUGAUGUGGCAUGCAACACCGAACCCGAUCUUCUGGAAGUUGCUCUGCAUGAUGAACAUCAACAACUGUCGAAAGACCAAGUUAACCUUCAAAGGGCCAAUGCAGACCUUCUCCGAGAAAACGUGGAGCGUGAAAGGACUGCUGAAGUGAAAAUCACUUCCAUUCGUAAUGCUAAUGCAGGAUAUGUUGAAGUAAAUGCCACACAGAAGGAUCAACUUGCCGAGUUGCGUCAUGAACUGGCCGAACUACAGUCCUCCAUUUGUGACAUGGAAGUCAAACUAGAACAGAGUAACAUGAUGAAGAAGCCAUCCCCCAAGCCCUCAGAUGUCCUCUCAGACGAUACGACACUGCAUUUUUAUACAGGAUUUGUAACGUUGGAACGUUUUGAGAGAUUCUGGAGAUUCGUGGAGGCUGGGUACGAAGAUUACCAAAAAUCUUCCAAAGGAAAUUCUUCACGCAGUGGGAGGCGCAUGGUGUUCUCGGUUCGAGAUCAGUUGAUUGUGGUUCUGAUGAGACUCAGACUAGGCCUUCUAGAACAGGAAUUGGCUUACCGGUACCAGGUCAGUCUUGGUUACAUUAGUGAGCUGUGCUCCUUUUGGAUAGCGUUCCUGAGUGAGUGCUUACAGCAAACACCAAUAUGGCCGUCAAAAGAAAUUGUAACUGAAUUUAUGCCAGCAUCUUUCAAAGACUUGUAUCCUACAACAAGAAUCAUUUUAGAUUGCACCGAACUUUACAUUGAAACUCCUAGUGACCUUCGUGUCCAGAGUGACACAUACUCAGCAUACAAGUCGCAUAAUACAGCUAAAGGCCUUAUCGACAUUGCUCCGAACGGGUUUAUUACAUUUGUGAGCAACCUUGCCCCUGGUAGGAUUUCAGACAAGGCGUUGGUAAAGCAAAGUGGCCUAUACGAACUGCUAGAACCAGGUGACUCAGUAAUGGCAGACAGAGGAUUUCUCAUAGCGGAAGAUGUAGCACAACUGAACGUAGAACUGAACAUUCCACCAUUUUUAAAUGGUGCAUCACAGCUUUCUGUGACAGAUGUUCGUCAAAAGGAACUCUUUGAACAAAGGGCACACCUCUACCACUGUCAACAACUAGGUCGCACCAUGAAAGUCCAAAAUGGUGCCAUUUCACCUGAAAUGGAUGCCUGA